AACCAAUUGGGCUUGGGUGGUUGGUGCAGUGUAAUUAAUUCUGGACAUCAUAGAAUUAAUUCUGGGCGUCGUGGAAUUAAUUCUGGGCGUCGUAGAAUUAAUUCUGGGCAUCAUGGAAUUAAUUCUGGGCAUCAUGGAAUUAAUUCUGGGUGUCGUGGAAUUAAUUCUGGGCAUCGCAGAAUCUGUG